AUGUUCACAAGUCCGGCGCCGGCAAUUGGUUACCGGCUGCUCCUUCGACCCAACGACGACAUGUCUUCUUCAAAAGCUGUCGUAGCUCCUCUUCCGCCCCCUACAAAGGCCAUAUUCCAGCCAGACCUGUUCAAAGACAAGGUGCUCUUUUGCACCGGUGGAGGAUCUGGGAUAUGCAAGGUCAUUGUACAGACGAUGAUGGAACUCGGUGCCAACGCUGCCAUUCUAGGCCGCAACGCAGCACGCCUCGAGAGCGCAGCAAACGAGAUGAGCACUGCAACUGGAAGAAAAUGCCUUGCUCUUCCUGCAGACGUACGCAAAUACACCGACCUUGAAGCUGCUGCAGCCAAGACGGUUGAACAGUUUGGAAAGAUUGACUUUGUCAUCUGCGGUGCCGCGGGAAACUUUCUCGCUCCCAUCUCUGGUCUCUCGCCAAAUGCGUUUCGAACCGUUGUCGAGAUUGACACCAUUGGGACGUACAACACCAUCAAGGCUACGCUCGACCAUGUACGAGCCACCAAGGGCGCGUACAUUCACAUUUCGGCGACACUCCAGUACCGCGGAACACCUUACCAAGCCCACUUGAGCGCCGCAAAGUCGGGCGUGGACGGACUCAGCCGCGUUCUCGCCGUAGAGGAAGGUCCAAGAGGUGUACGAAGCAAUGUAAUCGCUCCUGGACCCAUUGACGACACAGAAGGAAUGAGCAGACUAGGCGCUCGAAACCCAGAUGGGUCCGUCCAAACAGGCGAAUCCCAAAUCCCGCUCCAACGCCUUGGCAAAUCAAUUGAAAUCGCACAUACUGCCGUCUUCCUCUUUUCGGAAGCGGCCAACUUUAUCACAGGCCAGAUCAUCGUCGUCGACGGCGGCUCCGAGCACAUUCGUUCGACACUGUUGCCUUACCCUGUUAGCGUCCUGGAACCCGAGGCCGUAAAGUCGAUGAUUCGUGGCAAGUUGUAG